AGAGUACUCUGUUUCUUCAGUUACCCACUGUCUCUUCCUGAUUAGUGUUAUUUCGCUUGAAUUGGAUACAAAGGUUCGAUUCCACCGUCCCAGUGGAUUUGGGACUGCGAUGGAGGAGCAGUUCAUCCUCCGCUUGCCGCCAUCCGUGGCGGAGCGGAUCGAGCGCCUCAUGAAUGAAUCCGCCGCUGCCUCCUCCAACCCCGACGAGGCCUCCCUGGACCUCUCCUUCUCAGAGGAUGGAAGAAAUGGUACAUUUAUGAUCGGUAAUGAGAGCUUUCCUGCAUCUCUCUUGGAUCUACCUGCUGUGGUGGAGUCGUACAAAACAUAUGAUGAUUCUGUACUAAUUAAAACUGCUGAUAUUGGUCAGAUGAUUAUGGUAAGGGAAGAAAAUGAUCCUCCUCCAGAAGGAGUUGAAUACAAGCAUGGGCUUACUCCUCCAAUGAGGGAUGCACGCAGGCGACGUUUCCGCAGAGAACCAGACUUGAAUGCAGAGCUGGUUAACCAAGUUGAGAAGCAUCUUAUCAAUAUCAUGCAUGGAGUAUCUGUCAAUCAGAACGCCAGUGUGAUAGGAGGUGAAGAAGGUGGUGAUCGUAAGAAACCUCCAGUAGCUCGUGCAGCCAAGCAGCCUGGUGUUCAAGAGCCCGCCGCAAACGGAGGGGAAGCAGAACCUGAGAGGAGCGACACUGAUGAGUCAGAGAACUGAAGUGGACCUCAACUUUGGAAUCUAAAUAAAUCACAGUGUAUAUAUUUGUAACAAACAAGAUGUUCGCCGUUCGCUCAUGCAUGCAUGUUUUUUUUUACUGUUACGGUAAACAAGAUGUGUCGUUGCUAAUGCCGAACAAGAUGAAGAUGCGACACGGUGCUAAUGAUGUCCUUAGAGCAUCUCCGGCAGUUGGAGAAAACUUGAACUCAAAAACUAGGAGAGAUACAAACAUGUUUUGGGGUUUUGAAGGUCUUCUCUCUAGCAGAAUGAGAAAAUUCAAUCCUCAAUAAGAAAAAUAGUAAAUUGGACGAAAA